UGCUUGUUCAAUUUUCAUUGUAACAGUUGGAUAAAGGAACAAACUGACGCUUUGAGGUGCUGAACUGAAUUGUACGUCUUCAUUAAAUGGGACAUACAUUUACACUCAGCAUAAGUAGGACAAUGAAAUUCGGCAAUACCCCCUAAACUGGCAUUUUAUACAACGUGAACAACUGCAGAAGAAUUAUACUUCAUGCACGGACCUUUAGGGGCCCCGGGUUGGUAAUCCAGUCUUGAAUUUAUUUGAGCAGCAACCUGAUAGUGAAGAAGUACGUUUGUAAUACACAAUUUGAUACUUGGAUUUUCAUUCCUGCUUCAUUUUCAUAGUUCACACACAAAGUCCAUGAAGUGCAGCUCAUCAACAUUAUGAAAUGUGGCUAAAAGAUAUGGAGUGUUAUAAGAAAAAAAAAAAAGAAAAGAUCAUUAAAUCAAGCCUUCGAGCCUUUGUACUAGAUUAUUAAUAUUAUCUAGGUCGAUUUAUUUAUACCCUUUUAUUUGUGAAGUGGAAACCUCACAGGAAACAGAACAACCAUUUUCCGGUCAACACUCGAGUCCCGCCCCACCAGUCUGUGCCAUCUUGUAUUUAGCAAGAACAAAAACGGUGUGAGAAACAAGUCUAGCCUCAGGAUGGGGCGCAGAUUUUAAGGCAGAUUUUAAGAGUAUAUUUUAAAAAGCUUUGGUGUUACAGGACAAUAUGCUUGGAAGUGGGGCACCGCGGAGAAACAACAGCCACACCCCGCAGAACAGCUAAUGUUAACGUUAGCUCCAAGCUAUCAAAGCUAAGCUAGCCAAUUAGCUAAGGCUAGUAACCCAGUAACGUUAGAGAGACAACUGGCGAGCUUAAAGUUUCUAUUUCCGCCGGUGUAAUUUGGAAACCGUUAAUUAAUUUCAUUGUGGCUCUGGAAUCAGGAGGGACAUCGAUGGGAAUGGGCCGAAUGUCGUGUUGACUAUCUGCCGAGAAGAAACCCGGGCUAUGAGGAUAGCGGCUCGCUAGCUCGGCUGCUAACAGUUGUUUUUCGGUCCAGAGCGGAACCACAAUAAGCCGCGGCCCUGGCCAUGCCCUCGAGUGCACGGGCGGGCAAUCUGAAAGACCCGGAGGUGGCAGAUCUCUUCUGCAAAGAUGAUCCCGAGAAGCUGUUCGCUGACCUCCGUGAGAUCGGCCACGGCAGCUUCGGAGCGGUGUAUUUUGCCCGAGAUGUGCGAAACAAUGAGGUGGUGGCCAUCAAGAAAAUGUCGUACAGCGGCAAGCAGACAAACGAGAAAUGGCAGGACAUCAUUAAAGAGGUGAAGUUCCUGCAGAAACUUCGCCACCCGAACACUAUCGAGUACCGGGGCUGUUACCUGAAAGAACACACGGCAUGGCUGGUGAUGGAGUACUGCCUCGGCUCGGCCUCAGACCUCCUCGAAGUUCACAAAAAGCCGCUCCAGGAAGUUGAAAUAGCUGCUAUUACCCACGGUGCACUGCAGGGAUUAGCAUAUCUUCACUCUCACAAUAUGAUUCACAGGGACGUGAAAGCGGGAAACAUCCUGCUGACGGAGCCUGGUCAGGUCAAACUGGGGGACUUUGGUUCGGCCUCCAUCGUGGCUCCGGCCAACUCCUUCGUGGGGACUCCCUACUGGAUGGCUCCGGAGGUGAUCUUAGCCAUGGAUGAAGGCCAGUAUGACGGCAAGGUGGAUGUCUGGUCGCUGGGCAUCACCUGCAUAGAGCUGGCUGAGAGGAAGCCCCCGCUCUUCAAUAUGAAUGCUAUGAGUGCCUUAUAUCACAUCGCUCAGAAUGAAAGCCCCAUCCUCCAGUCCAACCACUGGACUGAUUCCUUCCGCAACUUUGUUGACUCUUGCCUUCAGAAGAUUCCCCAGGACCGUCCUACCUCGGACGUGCUACUGAAUCAUCGGUUCCUGUGCCGCGAGCGCCCGCUGACGGUGAUCAUGGACCUGAUUGCACGAACCAAGGAUGCAGUGCGAGAGCUGGACAAUCUGCAGUACCGCAAGAUGAAGAAGAUCCUCUUCCAGGAGACCCAGCAGAACGGACCCGUGUCCGAGGGAGGGGAGGAUGAGGAGGAGGUGGAGCAGUACCUGUUGCGGACAGGUACAGUCAACAGCAUGGAGAGCUCCCAGUCAGUUCCCAGUAUGUCCAUCUCUGCCAGUUCUCAGAGCAGCUCAGUCAACAGCCUGGCGGACGCCUCCGACGACAGCAGCAGCGAGAUGGCCAUGAUGCAGGAGGGCGAGCACACCGUCACCUCCAACAGCUCCAUCAUCCACCGGCCCACGGGUCAGGAUAACAUCUAUGACGACCCGUACCAGCCUGAGAUGGACCAACCCCAGGUUCCCUCUGCUGGACGCCGUCGAGCCUACUAUCGUAACCGUGACCACUUCGCCACCAUCCGAACUGCCUCUUUGGUGACCCGUCAGAUCCAGGAGCACGAGCAGGGCUCGGCGCUGCGGGAGCAGAUGUCUGGGUACAAACGAAUGAGGCGGCAGCACCAGAAGCAGCUGAUGGGGCUGGAGAACAAGCUGAAGGCCGAGAUGGACGAGCACCAGCUGAAGCUGGACAAGGAGCUGGAGAACCAGAGGAACAGCUUCUCCACCGAGGCCGACAAGCUGUCCAAGAAGCACCAGGCCAUCCUGGAGAAAGAGACGAAAGCGGCUCUGGCAGAGGAGAAGAAGUUCCAGCAGCACAUUCUGGGCCAGCAGAAGAAGGAGCUGACCAGUUUACUGGAGUCACAGAAACGUCAGUACCGCCAACGCAAGGAUCAGCUGAAAGAGGAGCUGAGCGAGAACCAGUCGACUCCGAAGCGGGAGAAGCAGGAGUGGCUGAUCCGUCAGAAGGAGUGUCUGCAGCAGAUGCAGGCGGAGGAGGAGGCCAGCCUGCUGCGGAGGCAGAGGCAGUACUACGAGCUGCAGUGUCGCCAGUACAAGAGGAAGAUGCUGCUGGCUCGCCACAACCUGGAGCAGGACCUGCUGAGAGAGGACCUGAACAAGAAGCAGACCCAGAAGGACCUGGAGUGCGCCAUGCUGCUGCGACACCACGAGUCCACGCAGGAGCUGGAGUUCAGGCAGCUGGGUUCGGUGCAGCGGACUCGGGCCGACCUGAUCCGAACGCAGCACCAGACUGAGCUGACCAACCAGAUGGAGUACAACAAGCGCCGCGAGCAAGAGCUUCGACAGAAACACGCCAUGGAGGUCCGGCAGCAGCCGAAGAGCCUCAAGUCCAAAGAGCUGCAGAUCAAGCGUCAGUUCCAGGAGACCUGUAAGAUCCAGACGCGUCAGUACAAAGCCCUGAGGAACCACCUGCUGGAGAGCACUCCCAAAUCCGACCACAAAGCCGUCCUCAAACGCCUCAAAGAGGAGCAAACACGUAAGCUGGCCAUCCUGGCCGAGCAGUACGACCACUCCAUCAACGACAUGCUGUCCACACAGGCUCUGCGGCUGGACGAGACCCAGGAGGCGGAGUACCAGGUGCUGCGGAUGCAGCUGCAGCAGGAGCUGGAGCUGCUGAACGCCUACCAGAGCAAGAUCAAGAUCCACACCGACACCCAGCACGAACGAGAGGUGAAGGACCUGGAGCAGAGGGUGUCGAUCCGCCGAGCGCUGCUGGAGCAGAGGAUCGAGGAGGAGAUGUUGUCUCUGCAGAACGAGCGUUCAGAGAGAAUCCGGACUUUGCUGGAGCGCCAGGCUCACGAGAUCGAGGCCUUCGACUCGGAGAGCAUGCGGCUCGGCUUCAGCAACAUGGCGCUGACCGGCAUCCCGGCCGAGGCCUUCAACCAGGGCUACCCGACCCCCAGCCCCUCGUCGGGCUCCAGCGGCUGGCCGUCGCGGCCCGUCCCCCGCUCGGGGAGCCACUGGAGCCACAGCGUGCAGAACUCGGUGGCGACUCCGUCCUGGCGCAGUCAGAACCACGGCGGGGGAUUCAACCGCGCCGAGUCCAUCACCUCCUCCCACGGCCUCGGCAGGGACAGCGACCUGAGCAAGAGCAGCAGGGGCCCCUCCUCCCACCACCACCACCAUCAGCACCACCACCAUCAGCACCAACCGCACCAGCAGCAUCAGCAGCAUCAGCAGCAUCAGCAGCACCAGCAGCACCAGCAGCACUACCUCCCCCAGCACUACCAGCACCACCAGAGCACGCCGCAGCUGUACCGCGACAGCCACGAGCGCGACAGCCGGGAGCGCGAGCGGGCCAGGGAGUGGGUGGGAGGAGGGGGCCACUACGCCCAUCACUCCCAGGGCCACCACCACCUCUCCUCCCACGCCUCCUCCCAGUCCCUGGCUCUCCUCCCACCACCACCUCCCCCUCCCCCCAUCUCCCUCUCCUCCUCCUCUCCCCCCUCCUCUGCCUCCUCCUCCUCCUCGUCACAGGGCUAUGGUGGCGGCGGCGGCCUGAGCGUCAGGGGCCCCAGUCUGAUGGCCCUCAGGAACAGCCCCCAGCCUCUGAGGAGGACGGCCUCAGGGGGGCCGGGCGGCGGCGGCGGGAGCGACGGAGGGCUCAGCCGGAGCACGUCGGUCACGUCUCACAUUUCCAACGGCUCUCACCUCUCCUACUCGUGAACCGGCCGAGCUGUCUCCCUGCUCUGAUCUGAGGGCCACGCCCACAGACAGACGCAGAGCCACGCCCACUUCACGCAGAGAGCUUCGUUUAGUUUUUUCUGUUCGGAGCAAAAACAAACAAAACAAACACCCCGAUUUUUAAAGUGUAAAUUUUAAAAUCUCCUUUCUUGAAGUGAAAAGAAAGAGAGAACGAGUAUUAACAACCCUGAGCGUCACUGUGGGGGAGGGGGAGGGGGAGGAGAGGGGGAGGAGUCACACGACUGAAGAAACAAAACAAUCCAAAAAAAAAAAAAGUGGUAAAAUUAGAAAGUAAACAACAAAAAACUCACAACACAUUGAAUCUGUUGCACAGUAUCGACUUUGUAGUGAGACGGUUUUAACUGCAGGAGUCGGACCAGUCUGAGGGUCAGGUGGUCAGGUGAUCAGGUGGUCAGGUGAUCAGGUGUCGGAGCACGUGUCAGGUUGUUGGUUCUCAGUUUGUAUCGAACUGAGCGACAGUUGUGGAGCUUCCACUUUGGCUUGAGGUGCUUUUAAAAAACAAAAACAAAAAAAAAACAAUCACUGUAACUUUGUAAAUAACAGUAAAUUGUAAACCCAGUUUUUUGAUUUGUAAGUGUUUCAUACGUUCAGCAGAG